ACUAUAUAUAACCAGCACACGCUAACUUCGUCUUCAAAAUACUUCCUUCUUUGUCGUGGACGGUAUGGCGAUGUGUGUGUUGCUGCAGCUCAGCGUGUUGGUGGUGGCGACAUCAGCAGGACACGUCACAUACAACAACAGACCAGUGAUAGGUGUCCUCGCCCAGGCCACAGCCAGCAAGACACAUGGCGACACCUAUAUCCCGGCCAACUAUGUCAAGUACCUGGAGCAGGCCGGGGCCAGGGUAGUUCCAAUCAGAGUGAGGGAACCAGGCUCCUACUACGCCAAGCUCUUCUCGCAGAUCAACGGAGUGUUGUUCCCCGGGGGUAGUGUCGGCAUUGUGAGCAGCGACUACGCCAAGGCGGCCAGGAUCAUCUACGACAUGGCGGUGAAGGCUAACGACGCCGGGGAUCACUUCCCCCUGUGGGGCACCUGUCAGGGCUUCCAACUUCUCACCAACCUGACGGCCCGGCACAACCUCCUUCAAGCCGUGGAUGCCUCCGACAUCAGCCUGCCUCUUGAUCUAGCUCCAGAUGCCAAGUCCAGCAGGCUGUUGAGUCGACUGUCACAGAAGACGUUUCACAUACUGACCACUGAGAACGUCACCCCCAACUUCCACCACUACGGAUUGUUGCUGGAGACGUACAACCAGACCAAGUCGCUCACCUCCUUCUACAGACUCAUCUCCACAAACAGAGGCCGGAAGGGGAAGGUGUUUGUGUCCACCAUAGAAGCCUACAAGUACCCGUUCUAUGGCACCCAGUGGCACCCUGAAAAGAUCAACUUCGACUGGAACCCCAAGCAUGCGCUGGACCAUACCAGCAAUGGCGUCGCCAUCUCACACUUCUUCUCCUCCUUCUUCAUCGGCGAAGCUCGUCUAAGUGGUCACAAGUUCCCCAACGUUCAAGCCGCUGCAGACGCCGUCAUCGAGAACUUCUACAUGAACUACCAAGAUGACGGCACAUUCGAGCAGAUCUACUAUUUCAACUACACCAAAACGUCCGCAUAAAUUAUCUACAUCCUGGCACAUCUACUAUUUCCACAAUUCUACGACCUCAAACCUACUUCGGAAUAAUCCAACAAAUCUACCACGUUUGUAACUUAAAGCAAACUGGCGGACAAAAGAAAGUAUACACACGUGUGAUGGUGGCUAAACCUGGAACAAAGAAGAAAUGGCUGUUCGAUCUUCAGCGACUGUUUUAAUAACGUUUGUAAUUUAUUUUGUCAAAUUCAAUUUGCGAAUGUAUACAUUCUUUUGCCCAGCAGUUAACGUCAGUUGGAGACAUGUUGUACAGCUACUAUUUCGUCUGUCUGCAAGUUCUUGCAGAACCCCAUAGAAAUAUCAUUUUCAAUCUCAUAUAUUUACUUAGUUGGUGAGUGAAUGCUCUUUAACAUUGCAGCUAUAUUCUAGCUAUAUCACCUCGUGCACAUAUCCAGUAAACUAACAUACCCAGAAUUAUCUGGUUAAAGGUGAUGACGUCAUGAAACCAGAUACGUCCGGGGCUAAUAUUGGGACAUGCGUGUUUGUGUUUAGUGGUAAUGGGUGAGAUUGAGUUGAUAUUUAACGUCGCAUCGGUAUUAUUUCAGCCAUAUAGCAACGUGAACAAGUUGAUAUAUAUACAAUUAAGUCAUGAAUACAAAGUUAUAUAUAAAAACAAAUAUGUCAAACAUAUUUGGGCAUAACAAUAUGAUUAAUAACUGGUUUUUUUUACAUUAAUUUUCAUUGAUCAUAAUGCAAAUUGUAGAUUCAUAUACUGCCGCUAGGACAGGGUAAAUCUUUAUUCUUUAGUCUAUUGGCAAGUCUUGUUAUGACGUUAUAUGGACGUGGAAGUUCAAAUGUGAGUAUUUACAUUCCAAAACAAAUCUAUGGAUGGUCAGUGAGCACAAAUAAGAAAAAUGUUCCGAUUCCAGAAAAGGAAACAUUUAAAGAAUCGUUUGAAAUCUAUUAAUGUACUGUAUAAACGUGGCCGCUGAAACAAAAUGUCCAAUUCUUUCAUCUUGCUUGUAUUGUAUUGUUUACUGAAUAUAUAUGUGUAUUUAUGUGUACUACCUUUGGUGUGUUUUCGAGUCAUAAAAAAAUCUGAUCAAGGAAAGCUACACACAGUGCACACACUACACAUUCCCCUGUCUAUAUUGUCUAUAUUGUCUAUACUGUCUUUACUGUCUGUCUAUAUUGUCUGUACUGUUUAUACUGUCUAUAUUGUCUCGUCAUCUCAGGCAUGUUCAAGUGUUUUAUUCUUAUAAUAAAUAUAUCCUUAUA